AUGAGCAAUUUAAUAGAACAACAACAACCGCAAACUGAGGGUGUUAUCAAUGACCCAUCAAUAAUUGCAACUGCUGACCAAUCCCUCGAUGCAGGAGCUGCCCUUCAAAAGUUAAUCGACGAGCUAAAUGAAGGAGACAUCCUAGUGAUGGCUGAUGAAAUUGAAAAUUGCAUUUCUCGAGCUAAAGAACAGCGUGAACAAGAGAUUUCCCAACUACAAGAGACCAACAAUGAACUCCAAACUGAAAUCGAACAUAAGCGAGAAGAAAUCAGGGCUCUUAGGAGGACUGAUGACAUUAGAAUUGAAUUGAUUGAAACCAACUCCAAAAUUGCCAAUCAUGAAUUUUCUUCCAUUAAUAAAGACAAGGAUUUAUUGAGAGCCAUCCUGGAUAGGGAUACCGAACUAUUCAAUUUGAAAUUGAAUAUAACUCAAGAAAAUGGUGUUAUAAAUGAAACAUUGGACAAGUUGACCCAAAGGAGCCGAAAAUUACGUGACGAAUUAAAUGAAAUCAAUGAGAAAUUGGAAAACCCACAACCAAAGCACAAUAUUGAUCCCGAAAAGUUGAAGCUGUAUGACUUGGCAUUGUUGAAGCUAAACUUUUAUCGAAACUUGGGUAUUCGUAUUGAGCCAUACAACAAAUCAGAUCUGACGCUUGGAGAAGCUGCCAAUACAGGGACAAGUUCCCAAGAUGAUACUGAUGGUUUCUUUGAUGAUCCUCAAGAUGUUGUCAUUGUGACUAAUAGCAAAGGUGAGCUAAAGACUUUGCCCGUUGGUGUGAGUACUCCUGAAGAGUAUAUUACAAAGUUUAUAUGGGAAAAUAUUGGUUGA